GGGUGCCCAGCGCUGACACUGGUUACUGGAAAUGUGCCCGCACACCCCCCGCGUUCUUCUGGCGGCAUUUCCUGUAAACACGGACCAGCGCCGCUGCAAGCGGCAUCUGGAAAGCUCCAUCUCCGUUAAUUCCACAGCCCCACACUGCAGUAGGUGCUUAGCUGCAGCUCACUCCGAGGAAGGCUUAAACUUUUUAAACACGAAAAAUAGUAUUAAAAUGUGGCGCCACCUCAGUGACUGGACCCACUCGUACUUAAGAACGCCUGGGUACGGCCGCUCUCACACCGGCGUUGCCAACGCACCCUGCUGCCGCCCCGCUCCCCCCGCGCCUAUCGCUCCCGGCCUGCGCUUCCGGCGGGUCCCCGCAGGCCGCCCCCCGCCCGCGGGCUGCCGCGUCCCACAGGCGCCGCUCAGCCCGCGCCCCGCCGCCCCGCGGAGAGCCGGGGGCUCGCAGGGCCGGUAACGGCGGCUGAGGCGGCGGGGCAGCCCGGAGCCCGGGUGCGGCUCAGCAGCGGCGCGGGGCGCCCCUUCCGCAACAGGCGGCCGCCUCAGAGCGACGGAGGGAGAGCGAGGGAAGAGGAGCCGGCCCUGCCUCCUCCCCGCGGCCGCCCGGCCCGCGGCCGCCCGGCCGGCUCUGCCUCCUCCCCCCGCUGCUGCCGACGUGGCGGGGCGGGGAAGGGGAAGGAGCAGGGGCGCGCCGGCCGGGGGACUGCGGAGCGAUUUUGCAGGUUUUGGUAGAGGAUCCUCAUAUCGGACGGUGGAAUUUGAUUUACAAAUCGAUUUUCUUCAGGUGAUGCUGCCCAUCACACACUCAUCUACAUUCAAGUGGGAUAAACACGAUGCUAAAGACACAGAGAAUUGAAAAUGUCUGAAGACGUAUGUGAUGGCAUCCCAUCUGAAGAAAAUCCUGAAGUAAUGGAAGUGCCCAACAGUGAGAUAUUGCCUAACAAGUCAGUAUCACACCUUGUGGAAGCUGAGAUCUUGCAUGAGUCUUCACAAGAUGAACAUGGACGGGCCACUCGGAGUGCCAGUAAUAGACAAGAAGGAGACGUAUUUAUUAAUGAUAAACCUUUGACUGAAAAAAUAAUUGAAAGUCUGCCUUCCAACGGAGAGGCGACUGAAGACAUGCCCACUGAGUGCAAUGAGACUGUAAGCCUUGAUACAGAACCUGUAUCUGAAGACACACUGCAUGAAGAAAGCAGCCCAGCCACAGACUCCUCAUCUAAAGUAAGUAGAUGGGGAGCUUGGGGUACCUGGGGAAAGUCUCUUCUGUCAUCAGCUUCUGCCACAGUGGGUCAUGGCAUAACGGCAGUGAAGGAAAAAGCAGGAACUACCCUAGGAAUACAUAACACAAGUUCAGCAUCUUUGGAAACAGCAGUGCCUCCUGCAGCUGAAACACCAAUUAUACAAGCAGAAGAUUCUCUGGACCAAAGCUCAUCUGAGAAUACUCCUUCUUCUCCUUCAUCUGGAUCUCGUGGCAUGUUGUCAGCUUUCACUCAUGCUGUACAGAACACAGGGAAAAGUGUGUUAUCUGGAGGCUUAGAUGCUUUGGAAUUUAUUGGGAAGACAACCAUGAAUGUCCUUGCAGAAAGUGAUCCUGGAUUUAAGAGAACCAAAACACUGAUGGCAAGAACAGUUUCUCUAUCUCAGCUGUUGAGAGAAGCUAAAGAAAAAGAGAAACAGAGGCGGGCCCAGCAAGUUACAGUUGAAAGAACAGCACAUUAUGGACUACUUUUUGAUGAAUUCCAAGGUUUGUCUCAUCUUGAAGCUCUGGAAAUCCUGUCAAAUGAAAGUGAAGCUCAGAUUCAGUCAUAUUUAGCAACACUUGAUGGAGAGCAGUUGGAGACUGUGAAAAAUGAUUUAAUUGCUAUAAAAGAGAUUUUUGUUCCAAAGGAAUCAGAUGAUGAAGUGGUGCAGGCACAGAAAGUAGAUACGGGAGAAGAGUUUGUCAGCAUGCUCACUGAACUGCUGUUUGAAUUGCACGUUGCUGCUACUCCUGACAAGCUUAAUAAGGCUAGGAAAAAAGCUCAUGAAUGGCUGGAAGAAGCCAGUUUUUCUACCCCAGUAGACACAGAAGAGAAGCUAAAAGAAAAACCUGGGGAACCUAGUGAAGAAAAGAUUGAAAAAGAAGAUAAAAUUGACAGUGAUAAAACAGAAGUAGAUAAAAACAAAACUGUGGAGGAAAUAUACAUGCUCUCCAUUGAAAGUCUGGCUGAGGUAACUGCUCGUUGUAUUGAACAGCUUCAUAAAGUAGCAGAAUUAAUUCUGCAUGGGCAAGAAGUAGAAAAAACAGCUCAAGAUCAAGCAAAAGUACUGACAAAUUUAACAAGUGCCAUGUGCAAUGAAGUUUCGUCUUUAUCAAAGAAGUUUUCUGAUUCUGUAACAGCAGUUGGGAGCAGUAUGAAGGCAGAGGUUCUUAACCCCAUCAUCAACAGUGUGCUAUUAGAGGGUUGCAACAGCACUACUUACAUUCAGGAUGCUUUCCAGCUAUUGCUUCCAGUUCUGCAAAUUUCACAUAUCCAAACCAGUUGUUUGAAAGCACAAGAGUGACAGUUUCCCAGCAGUUGUCUCCAUUGGGCUUAACAGAAACCACAGACGUAAUGUCUUUAAUGUAUGCAGAUAGAAGACGUGGUAUGAGAGAUGUUGGGCCACUUAAGAGUCCUUUGAAGACACUAACUGCAGUUUUGCACAUACAAUCUUGAACAUCAUUUUAAAACUCUCUCAGAUUUGUAGACUUUAGAAGUAGUUAGUAAAGUGAGUAAUUUCUUUUCCAUUACAGUAUAUCCUCUGCAUUAAUUUAAACUGAAGUUUAUUGAUAUUAGCAUUGAUUUAUAUACGGAUUCUAAGUGUUGACCCUUCCAGUUGUAGACAGUGUCUGAAGCAAAUUAGAAGGUAAAAUUUUAAAAUAUUUCAGCCCAAAUGACCAUUUCUGUUGUUUGCAUCCUGUCAGUUAAAAAUGUAUAUUUCAAAAGUUGGUUUCAGUACUUCAUUUUAGCCAACAUGAACAAAUUAUCAUAGUGUUGGUGCUUGUUAAAUAUUAUUUACAGUAGCAAAUAAUAACAUCAUAAUAAUAUGUACCACUUACAUAACACUUUGUGUUGAAAGAGUUGUACAGCAAUAGGUAUUAACUUUACUAAAUGAAAAUUAUGGAGGAUAUGCAUAGAGAAUUAUACUGAAAAGAAAUUUUCUGAGCCAGUUAAGAGUAUGGGUAAAGUUUGUAUUUGCUGACCCACAGUUUUGUGUUCAUUUAUGUCUCUUUCUUCAUUCCAAUGGCAGAACAACAUUGCAGGCCAAAAUGAUCUUUUUAAUACACAAGAAAUAGAAAAUUUCCCUUUUGUUUGGCAAUUGAAAUACCCCCAAAAUAAUCUCCUCUCAGAUGUGUUACCAAGUUAGCACUUUGGGAUUUAAUUUUGGCUUUAAACAUUAUGAACCUUUUUAACAAAUGGAGUGACUGAUACUGACAAUUCAGAAAUAGGUUUUGGGCGUAGAGAAGAAGUUGUGAAAAGAAGUUAGGAGAGAAUUACUUUAGGUGAGGAUGUCAUAUGUCAGAGCAAUCACCUUUUAUCUGAGGCAGUAGGAAUGACAUUUCAUGAUAACACUAGCAACGGUGAUAAUUUCUUCAUAUCCCUAGCUUAAAAUCCUGAGCUGUGAACCUCAGAAUUUGUUCAGGCUAGUGUACCUCGUAGACAGGAAGAACUUUCCAAUAUUUUAUGCAGUUUGUUCUCCUGGAUUUUCAUUGUUUAUUACAUUCUUUCAGCUAUUUUUUUCCUCUUGAUACGCUCAUUAAUUGUUUUUAGAUACUUUUUAAUUGUAGUUAACAUCUGAAUAUAUUUAAUCAUAGAAGCAUAGUCUAUACAUCAUAAAAAUAAUGAAACAGAGCAUGAGGAAAUACUGUCGUGUUUGCCAGAAAAGAGAAAACAUGUAUCUGCUUUGCACAUGGUAACUUAAUUUUGAGUCCAAGUAAGAGAGGACAGAAAGGUCUCUUUGUGUCUCACACUGCUGUGGUCCCUGUUCUGCUGUCACACACAUUGUGACUUUUCCAUCUUUUUUAUUUAGAGAUGAAAUUUUCACUCUCCCUUCAACAAGGUUUAUUAUGCAAAACCUAUUUUCUGACACCAUGUAAUUUAGCAGAUUUGAGAUAAUCUUUCUGGGUAAGUAGAAGGGGUACAGUCUUCAAAGCCACCUACACAGAAUGUAAAAAAAAAAAUAUUAGAGCAAUGUGAACAAAAAUAAGAAAGCCCCUUGGCAGCUGAAAAGGCAAACAAAGCUUGACAUUCAUCGGUAUUUAUGCCAUAUUGAACACCUAAAUUACCUCAACAUGAGAGAAAGCGGGACAGAGGAGGGUGCAACUGGUAAGCGGGGUCACUAGCCCAAAGGUAGGAUACAGCUCCCAUCAGCCGUUACAUCCGUGACACUUCUAUCUGACAUUGCUUUAUUUCUGAAAGCGUCAUUUGAGGUGUGUAUUACAAAAUAAUGUUUAGUUGAUGCAAAGCAUUUCACCUCUGGCAUCUACACUUUGAGGGGGAUAAGCGGGCUCUUCUCUAGUGGUCUGGGCUGGCUACUGGGAGAGAUGCACACUUGUACUCACCUGACAAGCACUUUGGCCGAGAAGAACAGCUCCUCGGUGCAGAUGACUGAGAACUGUGUACUUGCUCCAUAUAGUUGAUCAUGAGCAGUUUGAAGUAUCUGGGCACCAGUGAAAGCAUUCAGUGGCUUGUAGAAAGGCCUGUUUAAAGUGGUUUUUUCUGUUGUUCUGUGCUGGCAAGCAGAAUAUAAUACCUGGUUAAAAGCUUGUUUAUUUUUCAAACGAAGACAGUCAAGAAAAAUCUAGUGUUUUAACCUAUCAAUCAUUACAUCCUGGAUUUAUUUUUACUUUAAUUUGAUCAUUAGUUUUCAUCAAGAAGCCUUUCUGUCCAUGUUGGAGUACAGCUCUGCAUCAGAUAUCUAUAAACAUCGUAUUACUGCUAAAUGAGUCAUAGAACAUAGCACUAGCUGUUUCAUAUUGUUCCUAUGCCAAGUUAAUGUUUCAGACAUAAAUUAAUUUAGUCACUUUUUCAUACAAAUCUUUUUUUUUUUUUUCCCCUCUGAAAUGCAGUGCAGAAUAUAUAGUGUUAAACCUGUCAGAAAAAUGAGUUGACUGAUAGUGGUGCCUUUUAGCAGAGACUGAACAAUGUAGUAUUAGAAGCGUCAGGGGAUAAUGUUUGAAAUCAUAGAGGGGCAUUCUUAAGACAAAGAUUGCUUGUCUGAACUGUUCUUUACUAGAGGUUUCACUGUCUUGCUUAAAUUAUGUAUGUAUUGAAUAAAGUACCUUACCCUAAAAUAAAAGAAGCUGUAAAAAAUAACGUGAGGGCUUACAGUUUUUACAUCCAUACAAUGUAGGAAAGGAAAUAGGGCAGAAUAUGAGCACAGGGAUACUCCAUCUGAUCUCAGAUGCAGUCAUCUUGUCCUAGGAAAACUGAAUGUUACAUCUUUAAAUCAAUUUUAGGUAAAUAAUAUUUCAGUAGAAAAGUACUGUAUAGAUGUAACCAGACUAUUCUGUUUACACUAGUUUGUAUUCUUCCAUCAGUCAAAUUUGAGAUACCUAACUGAGACAGUCUACUAAGAAUGUUUUGAAGAAUAAUGUGAUGGGAGGAAGUACUCAGUGAAGUCUUCCACUUUCUGAUUUUGUGAUUUACCUUCAGAAUGAUGAAUAUGAUUUUACUGAGAGUCUGAUAAAAACAGGUGUUGCCUUAAACUUUUAAGGGAGAGUGUACUUCCUUUCAUCACCACUGUUUUCCACAUUGGUUCACUACUGUUUUCCACAUUGAUAUACGAACUGUGCCUUGGCACUCAUCAAACUACUAGGCUUUAAGUGCUUAUUUAAAAAAUAACCUAGAUUGUGAAAAUUACCUGUUCUCUUAAGCAGAUCUCUUUUUCAUGGCAUUCCUUUCACUUUGAACACACCUUUUUAUGCAGAGACAAAGGAGGCAGGCUUUUGCACUCACUGAGUUGAGAAAUUUAUCAAGAUGAAACUUAAACCAAUGUCUAUGUACCUACAGCCUUGCAUCGCUGAAGGAUGAGCUAGAAGUAAACUAUUACACAAGUCAUUUGCUGUAUUUGUAUAUUAAAGGUAUUUGCUGACUUUUAUUUUUUUUCAGGCAAACAAAACAAAGCAAGCUGUAAGUUGUUUGCUGCUUUUUAGGGUAUAGUCAAUUCAUGUGUAAACAUCUCUUCCCUAUGAUUUGCUCCUGCACUCCAGCAUCCUGCACUCCAGAAUAUUUUUGUUUGAGACAGCUAAACAAAAGAACUGUCUCUUCCACUUUUUUCAUACUGCUUAGAUUAUCCACUGAAGCCAUUAAUAUUUUCCUCUAAAAUGUGCCUCAAACAUAUCAU